AUGGCGACGGGAGCAGCGGCGUGGCUCCCUUUUGCCCGAGCGGCUGCUAUAGGCUGGAUGCCUGUGGCCAGUUGCCCCAUGCCUCUGGCCCCAAGAGACAACAGCAAGAAACAGGAUGAGCUAAUCAUGCUAAACGUUAGUGGACGCAGAUUCCAGACCUGGAGAACCACUCUGGACCGAUACCCUGACACGUUAUUGGGCAGCUCUGAAAAGGACUUUUUUUACAACGAGGAAACCAAGGAGUACUUCUUUGACCGUGACCCUGAUGUCUUUCGAAGCAUUCUGAACUUCUACCGGACCGGCAAACUCCAUUACCCACGCCACGAAUGCAUCUCCUCCUACGAUGAAGAGCUCACCUUCUUCGGGAUCAUUCCAGAAAUAAUCGGCGACUGUUGCUACGAAGAGUACAAGGACCGGAAACGCGAGAACUUGGAAAGGCUUCAGGACGACCAAGAGGAGAACAAAGAUGCAAAGCUCCCAAAAAUGAACAUCCGUCAGACCAUGUGGCGGGCCUUCGAAAACCCCCAUACCUCCACCAUGGCUCUUGUCUUUUACUAUGUCACCGGUUUCUUCAUCGCUGUGUCAGUCAUCACCAAUGUCGUCGAGACUGUCCCAUGUGGUUCCACUCCCCAUCAGAAAGACAUGCCUUGCGGCGAGAGGUACACCGUAGCGUUCUUUUGCAUGGACACGGCUUGCGUUAUGAUUUUCACCGUUGAAUACCUGUUGCGUUUGUUUGCGGCACCGAGCAGAUACCGAUUCAUGCGCUCCGUCAUGAGUAUCAUCGACGUGGUGGCCAUCUUGCCGUACUACAUCGGUUUAGUGAUGACCAACAACGAAGACGUGAGUGGCGCAUUCGUGACGUUAAGGGUGUUUCGCGUUUUCAGAAUCUUCAAGUUUUCGCGCCACUCCCAAGGUCUGAGGAUCUUGGGAUACACGCUGAAAAGCUGUGCGUCCGAGUUAGGUUUCCUCCUCUUUUCGCUGACUAUGGCCAUCAUCAUCUUCGCCACCGUGAUGUUCUACGCGGAGAAAGGAUCCAGCUCGAGCAAGUUCACCAGCAUCCCUGCGUCCUUCUGGUACACCAUUGUUACGAUGACAACACUGGGGUAUGGAGACAUGGUUCCCAAGACGAUCGCGGGGAAGAUCUUCGGCUCCAUCUGCUCUCUCAGUGGGGUCCUGGUGAUUGCUCUCCCUGUGCCCGUCAUCGUGUCCAACUUCAGCCGCAUCUACCACCAGAACCAGCGGGCAGAUAAGCGCCGUGCUCAGAAGAAAACCAGACAGACCAGGAUCAGAAUUGCCAAGUCUGGAAACGCCAAUGCCUUCCUCCAGAGCAAGCGUAACGGUCUGCUGAACGAACUGCUGGAGCUGACGGGGACAGAUGAGGAUGAGCAGAGGCUGAUUCGCUCCACAUCUCUGUUAGAAAGCCAACACCACCACCUGCUGCACUGUUUGGAGAAAACCACCGCUCAUGAGUUUGUGGACGAGCACAUGUUUGAGCAGAACUGUCUGGAGAGCGCUCUGCAGACUUACCCAUCCCACAGCCCGUCCCUCAGCUCUCAGGACAGUGGGAUGUUCUGCUGCUGUGGACAGAAGAGGAGGAACAGGAACCCACUGCCCCACAGCACAGAGACCCCCCAGCGCCCCCUACAGGAGCUCAGUGCACUGCACAUACAGAGCAGCCAACUCAUGCACCCCACCAGUCGCUCCAACCUGAACCUCAGACCGGAGGACAGCAGCAGGAUCAACUGUAAAGGCGGGCGGGUUACUACAGCGAUCAUCAGCCUGCCCUCGCCCCCGUCACUCAGAGAGGGCCACCACCCCCACGGCCCCCCACAGAGGAGAGUACCCACGGUGACCCCGAGCAUCCAGACCACCACCAGCUCCGCCCCCACCAGCAUCAUCAAGGUCUCUGCCCUUUGA